AUGCAUUCAGAACAACUGCUGGGCCUGCUAUCUCCAGGGUCUAUUCCUCUCCAUGGCCAUUACCUGCUUGAUGUAGUCGACUUGAAACAUUUUCGUUUUGCAUCUUUUGCCAACCGGAUUAAGAGUUGGAAGAAACUGAAUCGACCACUCUUCAAAACGAGAGAGCAUGCAGCAUUGGAAAUCAAUUUCCAAGACAGAAUUCACAAUGUUCAAUUUCAGUCGUGA